AGGAAAAAAACAAGAAAGAAAAAGGAAAAAUGGGUAAAAUCUGAAAUGAAUUUCCCUCCGAAGAGGACGCAUAGGUUACAGCGGUUGAAAGAAAAGGGCGACAACAACAAAGGAAAGAAAACAAAGCGACUCCUAAAGAAACUCAGGAAGUAAACCCUAUAAUUAAUACUCACAAUCCGCUGCUGGAAACCAAAUGCAAAUGAAAGGAGUUACUGUUUAGAUUCUUUUAUCUUCUUUUGUCUUCUCUACUAAGCAAAAUUUCUGUUUCCAUUUUGAUUUGAUACCAAUACAAAACCCUCCUCUUUCAUCUACCGAAUCUUCUUAACUUCACCGUCUCACCAAUACCCAUAUUCCAGUUUGAGAAGAUGAUGAUGCUUCCUUAUAUAUUGUAAGACACAUCAACAAUUCAACUUCUGAGGACAUACAGUUGGAUUGGUUUUUGUUUUGACGGAGAUAAUGGACAAGAGUAAGAAGAAGGAAGUUAUUCAAUUGGAAAGAGAGUCUGUAAUUCCAAUUCUCAAGCCUAAGCUCAUCAUGACCUUGGCUAACCUCAUUGAACAUAAAUCUGACCGGGCUGAGUUUCUAAAGCUCUGCAAAAGAGUUGAAUACACAAUUCGAGCUUGGUAUCUUCUGCAAUUUGAAGAUCUGAUGCAACUAUAUUCCCUAUUUGACCCAGUAACUGGAACUCAGAAAUUGCAGCAGCAGAAACUAUCUCCUGAAGAAAUUGAUGUACUCGAACAGAAUUUCCUAACAUACUUAUUUCAGGUGAUGGACAAGAGCAACUUCAAGAUCGCAUCCAAUGAGGAGAUUGAUAUUGCACUCUCAGGGCAAUACCUUUUAAACCUUCCCAUAAAAGUAGAUGAAUCGAAGCUUGACAAGCAGCUUUUGAAGAAGUAUUUUGCUGAGCAUCCUCAUGAAGAUCUUCCUGACUUUGCUGAUAAGUAUAUUAUCUUUCGACGUGGGAUUGGGAUUGAUCGGACAACUGAUUAUUUUGUCAUGGAGAAAGUGGACAUGCUUAUUGCACGUUUUUGGGCAUUUAUUCUAAGAGUGACUCGGAUAGAAAAAAUUUUGCCUAGAAGAUCAAGUGGAUGGCAGAAAAAAGAUCCAAAGAAGAAUGAUGAAAUUAACUCUGAAGCAGCUCAGGAUGACUUAUAUGUUGAACGCAUUCGUCUGGAGAAUAUGGAACUAAGUUUUAGGAAUUUGCUAAGCAGUACUACAAUCCAAGAACCUACAUUUGAUAGGAUAAUAGUUGUUUACAGGCCAGCGAGUAGCAAAUCAAAAACAGAACGAGGAAUAUAUGUGAAGCAUUUCAAAAAUAUUCCAAUGGCUGAUAUGGAAAUAGUUCUUCCUGAAAAGAAAAAUCCUGGGUUAACUCCAAUGGACUGGGUCAAAUUCUUGGGUUCUGCUAUAGUUGGGCUGGUUGCUGUGAUUAGUUCAGUUGAAAUGCCCAAGGCUGAUCUUUGGGUCAUUUUUGCUGUACUUUCCACCGUGAUUGGUUACUUUGCUAAGACAUACUUCACGUUUCAGCAAAACUUGGCUGCAUAUCAGAACUUAAUUACCCAGUCAAUGUAUGACAAACAAUUAGACAGUGGAAAGGGUACUCUUCUUCACCUGUGUGAUGAUGUCAUUCAACAAGAAGUCAAAGAGGUUAUUAUCUCUUUCUUCAUAUUGAUGGAACAGGGCAAGGCUACAUUGCAGGAUUUGGAUCUGCGAUGUGAGGAACUAAUUCAAGAAGAAUUUGGGGAGAGUUGUAAUUUUGAUGUUGAUGAUGCAGUUCAGAAGUUAGAGAAGUUGGGCAUUGUUGCACGGGAUACUCUUGGACGGUAUUACUGCGUUGGCCUCAAACGUGCCAACGAGAUCAUUGGCACUACAACUGAAGAGCUUGUCCUCAAGGCAAAACAGGGUGUUAGUACUUGAUGUUGUCUUUGGAAGGUUAGAUUCUUGUAUAUCGUUACUACUCUACUGUUAUCUGCAGUAGAUAGCUUCGGUGAUAAGCACCUCUGGAUGGCUGUUGUGAUGUUUUACCUGAGUGCUGUUUAUUCUAUUUUCUAUCCUCUGUUAAUAUUGUAAACCAAGAUGUGAGAUGUGAAAUUGCAGUUCCCCUACAAUGGUAAUUUGAUGGUGUGGCGGGUUGAUGAUGGUUUUGUUAUUGAAUCUAGUAUAUUCAAAUUCUCUCCA